CAAUGUUAUUGUCCUGAUGGAUUUCAAACCCAAGAUCCAGAUCGAGCUUACGAGGACGGAAUACGCAACACGGAGACAUACAAGAUUGUCCCGUCGGCCCCGCGAACCAUUGCCACAGCGGAAUUGGGUCCUUCGAUUGAAUGCCGUGAUACCGUCAUUCCCAAGGCUAGAACACCGACACUGGCAGAUACGCGCUUUAGCCUGGGAGCAGGCAUCUGGCCAUUGGAGAUAUAAAGAAAGAGACGCCCUGCUGUGCAAGAGGGUGGUUGUUCCUUUCCUCCCCUCCAUCUCAAGUUGAUCACACCAUUUCUCAAGCCCAGCUCGACAUCAGCAGCCUGAUACAGACACGGGAAUCAACUCCACAUCCCCAUUGAACCUUCCGGACCAGCCCCACAUUGCACAUAUCGAAAGACUUAGAUACCGUCUGGCUCUGCCUGUCCUCGUACGUUCACGACAACCACUCUUCAGGACCUUCAGACAAGAGAUAUAACAGCACUUCCACCAUUAACACACGUUAUGGCCCCUGUAAAAGUCGCUGUCGCUGGAGCCACAGGCAACCUUGGACUCCCGGUUGUCCAGGCGCUUCUUGACGCCAACUAUUCCGUCACUGCAUUGACCCGCAAGGGAAGCAACAGCGCCUCCAAACUGCCCCAAUCCAGCAACAUUACAGUCAAAGAGGUCGACUACUCGUCGGUCCCCGACCUCACAGCAGCGCUGGAGGGCAUCAAGGUGGUGGUCUCCACCCUCGCAACCACCAGCGUGGGCGAGCAAAACCCGUUGAUCGACGCCUCCAUCGCCGCCGGGGUGGAAAGGUUCCUCCCCUCCGAGUUCGGCAGUGACACGUGCAACCCCAAGACCUCCGCUCUGCCCGUGUUCAAGUACAAAGUCGCGACGCAGGACUACCUCAAGGCCAAAGUCAAGGAGCACCCGAGCUUCAGCUACACGCUGGUGAUCACGGGCCCGUUUUUCGACUGGGGCCUCCAGCACGGCUUCAUCCUGAACCCGGCCAAGCACGCGGGCACGCUGUUCAACGGCGGCGACGCCACGUUCUCGACCACGACGCUCAAAUCCAUCGGCCAGGCCGUGGUCGGGGUCAUUGAGCACCUCGCCGAGACGGCCAACCGGCCGGUCUACGUGCACGACACCGCGACCACGCAGAAUAAGCUGAUCGCGUACGCCAAGGAGAAGGACGGCCAGGACUGGGACACGCCCGUCAAGUCGACUAAGGAGCUCUACCAGGAGAGCAUGGCCGAGCUGACCAAGGGCGGCGACAUCGGCAAGGCCAUGGUCGGCUUCAUCCUGAGCGGCAUCUUCGGCGGCGAAGAGACCGGCGGCAGCUUCGAGGGCCGGACGGACAAUCAGCUGUUGGGCCUCAAGGAGUUGAGCGAGCAGCAGGUCAAGGCGAUUGUCCAGAGCACGGUGUAAGUCCCCGCACCGGAUUUUCUUUCUCCUUCGACAACCGACGUUGUUCCCCCGUGGGAGAUGUCUGCGUUGCCAGACCGGCCCCUGAAAAAGAAAGGAGCAAAGUGGCCCGGAAAGCGGAGGAUGGAUAGGACCACGGGUAGUUAACAUGCAGACAGACCGGCUAGGAAAACGAAGACGGAUGUCAAGUUGUGAAAGGAUCCAAAAAUAGGGAACCAAAGGAAAGGAAUUUUAUUUCUGAUCAAUAUGAACCACGGCCUAUGAAGAUGAACACAAUCGCGCGCCCCUGUGCAGUAUGCCGU